AAAUCAGCCAAUCAGAUCGCGCCACUGCGUUAACGUUAGCAUAUCGCUGGCAAAACAACAACUCGCCCACUUUCCUUUUUGGAUUCAGCACGUCCGCUAUCUACAAGUCAAUCGCGAUGUCGAAUUAAAUCGAAUUGUAUUACGUGACCGUUUUAUUUGUCGUUACGGUUACUGUUGUCCGAGUUUGGUCGCAGCUGCUGACGCACCGUUGGCCGUCUUGGCUGCUAGCUAACGUAGUGCUAGGCGGCGAAGGAAGACGAAGAUGGGAUCCAUCCUAAGUCGAAGAAUCGCUGGUGUUGAGGAUAUCGACAUCCAAGCUAACUCGGCCUAUCGGUUUCCACCGAAAUCUGGGAAUUAUUUUGCGAGCCACUUUUUCAUGGGAGGGGAGAAGUUUGACACACCACAUCCCGAGGGAUACCUUUUUGGGGAAAAUAUGGAUUUAAAUUUCCUGGGAAACAGGCCAGUGCAGUUCCCCUACAUCACUCCUGCACCCCACGAGCCCGUGAAAACCCUCAGGAGUCUGGUGAACAUUCGGAAGGACUCGUUGCGCUUGGUUCGGUAUAAAGAUGACUCUGACUCACCUGUGGAGGAGGGCGGCAAACCAAAGGUUCAGUACGGCGUUGAGUUCACAUUUGACGCGGACGCUCGGGUGGCCAUCACUCUCUACUGCCAGGCUUUUGAGGAAUUUUCCAAUGGGAUGGCUGUGUACAGCCCGAAGGAUCCAUCCAUGGCUUCGGAGACGGUCCACUACAAGAGGGGUGUGAGCCAACAGUUCUCCAUGCCUUCUUUCAAGAUAGACUUAAACGAGUGGAAAGAUGAUGACCUCAACUUUGACCUGGACCGAGGGGUGUUUCCCAUGGUGAUCCAGGCAGUGGUCGACGAAGGGGAUGACUGCCUCGGACACGCUCACGUACUUUUGGCAGCCUUUGAACGACACGUCGAUGGCAGUUUCUCCGUCAAGCCACUGAAGCAAAAGCAAAUUGUGGACCGGGUGAGCUACCUCUUACAGGAGAUCUACGGCAUUGAGAACAAGAACAACCAAGAAACUAAGCCGUCCGACGACGAGAACAGCGACAACAGCAACGAGUGCGUGGUGUGUCUGUCGGACCUGCGCGACACGCUCAUCCUGCCGUGCAGACACCUGUGCCUGUGCAACUCGUGCGCCGACACCUUGCGCUACCAAGCUAACAACUGUCCCAUCUGCAGACUGCCCUUCAGGGCCUUGCUACAGAUUCGAGCAGUGCGCAAAAAGCCCGGAGCGCUCUCCCCUGUCUCCUUCAGUCCUGUUCUGGCACAGACGAUGGACCACGAUGAGCACUCAGGCACUGAUUCAGUCCCACCUGGCUUUGAGCCCGUCUCGCUGUUGGAGGCCCUGAACGGCCUGCGGUCCACGUCACCUGCCGUUCCCUCGGCACCUCUAUAUGACGACAUCAACUUCUCGGGCGGCGACAGCGGCCGACAGCUGAGUUCCCCGGAGCAUUUGAGCGACGGCAGUCUGCAGAAAGGCAAAGUCAGCAAAUCACCUGACAGCACCCUGAGGUCCCCAUCUUCGCCCAUCCAGGAAGAGGAUGAGGAAAAGUUGUCGGAGAUGUCAGACGCUCAGCCGCACACGCUCCUGUCCAGCAGUCCGGCUCCCACCGAUGCCACCGCAACCGAGGACGUCGCAGACUCUCUGUCCCCGGAUGACGAGGACAGGCUGCACGCCGGCGCCGACAUCCUCCAGGACUGCGGAAGCGAACACAGCAGCUUGACCAAAACAGAGAGCGACCCCGCCGGCGACCUGUCGUUGCCAGCCCUCGGUCCCGACUCCUGCUCUAUCGGUAUGGAGGAGUAAGCGCGGUCGGGUCGUCCGAGUCCACGGAGAGCCUGAAGAGUCAGAGCACCAACUGCUCCAGCCAACCUCUCCUGUGCACCGCUAGCAGCUUCCACCGGGAAGACGAGCACCUCCUCCCCUGACGUCCUCGCUUUCUGCCUCGACGACUUUUCAUCCCGCCUCCCAUCAGGGUCGCCACCUCGGAAAAGGCUUUUCUCUCCCAAUGUGGAUUCCAAAGCACAUUUCCUCCUGUUUUGACUCCACUGCAGACAUAUAUAUUUUUAACAUCUGUCUGUGUUUGAAUACGCAACUCACCAGUCAUGGUUUUUUCAAGAUGUGACAUCUUAGUGUGUUUUUGAAAUGAUUUUUGCACUCUGACCAAACGGUUCAUAAUCCAUUCCUGACUUUACCAUGAUCAUUUAAACAUCUAGAUGCCUUGGUUCAUUAUUUAAAUCAUAUGCAAUUUACUCAUACAUUUACUAGAAUCCUGUGUUACUUUUUAAAUUGUAUACAUAUACAUGUUAUUUAGGGGAAAAGAACAAGAUACUUAUAUUGACAUGAGUAAAUGCAUAAACUGUGUACAGUAAACUCCCGUUCUUAAGCUCUGACAGUGAAUUGACAACCACCCAAAAAGCUUUGUAGUUGCAUAUAAACGCCACAAGACGGCGACAGCACUUUUUUUUUUCAAUUAGACAAGGUUAUGGCCUAUCUAAAUGAAGACCCCUCAAAAGUAGACAAAUUUGCAAAUGCCCAAACAGGAAAAUGCAGGGCUCACUGCAUUAUGUAAAACAAGAUGUUUCAAUUGCAUGUGCGGCAGCGCCACCGUCUGCUUAAGUGAUGUAGUUGCAAGAAAAACAAAACGAGCAUUUUGUACAUCUCUGUGCCUUGAGUUUGCCUGCUUGUUGCACUCAACAAUUUUGCCAGUACGCCACAACUGCACUCAACCUGGAGAUUUCAUGUAUAGUUAUUGUAAUUAAGCAAUAUUAAAUAUAGGUGUCAAUUGUUGGCUAUAACAUUAUGCAUUUGAUCAAUACAUAGACUCUCCGACCAUGCAAACAUCACAUAUGUGAUUUUUUUUUUUUAAGUCGACGCCGUGCCUUCCUGCCCUCCUUCAGACCAUAUAUGGCCCUGGUAUCCAGGACAACGCCAGAUGGUUAGUUUGUGUCCCAUCCGUAAAAUGCUGUGUUCAAGCCUCUUGUAAGUUUAGCAGCAUGUGCAUAGAACAAUAAAGAGCAAACAAUCGUUAUGUCAAAAAUG